AUAAUAAAUGCUAUAUCCUAGUUUAAAUUAUUUGGAAAAAUAAAAUGUACAUAAUAAUCAAUAAGGUUAAUUGUAAAAAAUAGAUCAUUAAGAUGAUUUAGAUGAAAAAAUUCCACCUGAUUUUAAUUAAGCAUAAAAGCAUUUUCUAGCUAACUAAGUUGGAAUGGAAAAGGAUAUUGACUAAUUAUAAAAUAUAGAAUAUUGUGUUUGCUGUGCAAGACAAAUCUAAAAAAAUAAAUUAAAUUUAAAUUGCGAUUUAGAAAAAUUAAGUUUUUUAGGAUCUGGCUUCCCUUCAUAUUUUGUAUAUAUAAAAUAAUGUGGAAUAUUAUUAUUAUUCUUAUUAGGCAUAAGUGGAAUAUUUAAUGUAGCAAGUAAUAUAUUAGGCAGUUAAAAAUGUUAAAAAUCAAGACAGGCUUAACCAACAAGAGUAGUUUGUUAAGAAAGUAAUUGGGUAAGUGUAUCUUCAUUAGGAAGUAAAUCUGAUUAAUAAUAUUUUAUGGAAAUAUAAGGCUAUUUAAAUUUAGUUUCUUUAUUAGGAAUUAUAGUAUUAUUGCAGUUUUUUAGAAAAUAUUAAAGAGAAUUAGAAAUUAAAUGCGAUUAAGAAGAUAUUUCAGCAAAUGAUUAUACUAUCAUGGUUAGUAAUAUCCCUAUUGAAUAUGAUGCUAUUAAUAAUGAUUAUGAUGAGGAUUUAAUGCAUUUCUUUUAAGAAAAUUCCUUUCCAGAAAGAAAAGUUAAAGUGGAAUAAGUUACUCUUUGUUAUAAUUUAUAGGAAUUAACUUAAUUAGAUUAAUAAAAACAAAAACUUAUUUUACAAAAAUAAAAGAAAAUUUAAGAAAGUUAAAAUGCUUUAAAAUAAAUUAAUAAUGCUUUUGAUUUAAAUUAACCCUAUUAUAAAGAUAUUUAAGCCGACAUUUUAAAAAUAAAUGCAUAAAUAAAAGAACAGAAUUAUAAAAUUGAUAAGCUUACUUUAGUCCUAAUGGAUGGAAAAGGCAAAUAGUUAAUGAAAUAAUAUUUUACUGGUAUAGCUUUUGUUACUUUUGCAUUUGAAUAAGAUAAAGAAGAUAUAAUAGAAAAAUAUUAAUAAUUAAGCCUUAUAUAAAAUUUAUUUUAUGGUUAAUAAAACUAAUAAUUAAUUUAUAAAGGCAAUUAGUUAAGAAUAAGAUAAGCUCCUAAUCCAUCAGAUGUUUUUUGGAGUAAUUUGCAUAUGAGUAAGCGAGAUAAAUAAAAAAGAAAGAUACUAGGUUUUUUAGUUGAAACGUUUAUUUUAAUAUUCUGUUCGUGUACAAUUUAUGCAUUUUAUCAUUUAUAAUAAUAAGAAGCAAAUAAAGAUUAAAAUUAAUAAUCUCUUAAAUUAUAAAUUUUGACUAUAUCUUUGGCUAUUGUUAUAAGUGUUAUUAAUUUUUUACUUUUUGAAGUUUUAAAAUAUUUAGCUGAUUAUUAAAAAUAUAAAACGAGGACAUUGAAUAAAAUCGAAAUUUCAAAAGGACUUUCUGUCUCAAGAUUUAUAAAUUCAUGUAUUAUAAGCUUUAUAAUUUGUAUUUUUAUAUAAUAUGGAGACAAAUAAAAGAAGUUGUUUGGAGAAAGCGGAUUAGCAAUAAAUGGAAAUAAUUUUAUGAUUUCUAAUUGUAUUACUCCUUUUAUGAUUUAAGCGUUAAAUUUUGAUUUUAUAAGAUUAUCUAUAUUAAGAAAAAUUGAAGCAAAAAAAUAAAAUUAAUCAGUUUUAACAUAAUAAUAAUUAAAUACAAUGUUUGAGAAUUCAUAAUUUCCAAUAGAAGAAAGAUAUUCUUAAAUUCUGGUUACAAUGUUUACCACAGCUUUUUAUGCACCUAUUCUUCCUACCUCAAUCAUGUGGUCUUGUCUGGCAUUAUUUUUAUAAUAUUGGGUUGAUAAAUAUGAUUUAUUAAAUAGGAGUACUGUUAAAUAUAAUAUGAGUAUUACAUUAAGUAUUGAAAUGACUGAACAUUUAGAGUAUUUUUUAUCUAUUUAUAGUGUAUCAACUUUAAUAUUCUAUUAUUAUAUUAAUGGAGAAUCAUGGAGUUAAGUUUCUAUUAUAGGAGCUGUAAUAGGAAUUGCCCAUGCUUGGCUUCCUAUGCAACUUAUCAAUCAAAAAAUAUUUAAAGUUAAUGCAGCAGAACCAAAUAUUAUUGACUAUUAAGAAGCCUAAAAAUAUUUCAUAACUGAUUACUGUAGGGAAAAUCCAAUAUAUAAAAGGUAAGCAUAAAAAGAUUAUGUUAAAAGAAUGAAAGAAAGAAUUAUUUAAAAAAAUAAAAUAGAAAAUCAUUUUAAAGUAAAAAUAUUUUAAUAAUAAAAUCAUUUAUUGAUCUUUUAUUUUGAUUUUAUGUAGAAAUUUCUGUAUAAAAUGAUAGGAAAAAAAGAAAAAAUAAGAAUUCUAAUAAUUAAAUUCUAAUGA